CGAACAUUAAUCAACGAAACGAUGAAAAAGUGGUCAUCCAAAAAGCUGAUGAUGAUAACCAAACAACCAAACAAAGUACAGCAUAUAUUGCAGAUUAUGUGUAGGUUUGAACUGCUCUGAUGGGGGUGGAAGUAGAAGUGGCCUGCAGAACGUUUUACUCCAGGAGGAGAUAAGGGUUUCAAGCAGAUUAGUCCAUUUCACUUGGAAAGCCCUCGGGUGCGCAUCUUGCACGGUCCCCGGCUAAGCCUCUUAUUAUUAGGACCGUGAACCAAGACCGUGAGCACACCAGAUGUACACAACACCCACCCAGGUCCCCUGCUGCGAGGUGCAAUCAGCCGCCAGUCUUCCUGUGAGUCCUCGUUGCGGUUAAAAUAACGGAAACAUUGGGUUGACUAUUUUCACACAUAGCUGUGAUACCCAAGUCUUAUCUUAUUUCCGAGUUGGUGAACCAUGCUCCCACAAGAUCUGGGGUUCCACAAGAACCGCCGUGUUUCGGACCCGGUGUUCCCCCUCGACGAUGCGCCGAUUCCGGUGCGCCGUGUGAAGAACCGGGACUUCCCUCUGAGCGCGAAGCGCAAGCGGUCCGGGUCGGUCCCGGAGCGCAGGGUGAACUGCGUGCUGGUGGGCGACGGGGCUGUGGGGAAGACCAGCCUGGUCGUCAGCUACACCACCAAUGGAUACCCGGCGGAAUAUAUUCCCACAGCUUUUGACAACUUCACAGUGAUGGUAGUGGUCGAUGGUAAACCAGUGAGACUGCAGCUCUGCGACAUGGCUGGCCAGAAAUGGGGACACGUGGACCCCUCCAUUAAUGAGAACCUGGAGAAGCUGCGGCCCCUAUGUUACCGUAGCGCCGACGUCUUCCUGCUGUGCUACAGCGUGGUUCGCCCCUCCUCCUUCCGCGGCCUGGCCCAGCACUGGGUGCCCGAGGUGCGUCGGCAACGGCCCCACACCCCCCUGGUGCUGAUUGGCACCCAGCUGGACCUCCGCGAGGACGUGCAGGUCCUGAUCCAGCUGGCCCGGGCCCAGGAAACGCCCGUCAGCCCCCAGGACGGCCAGCGGCUGGCCCAGGAGAUCGGCGCGGUGGGCUUCGCCGAGUGUUCGGCUCUGACCCAGAAGAACCUGAAGGACGCCUUCGACGCCGCCAUCUUGGCCAGUGUUGGCGGCGGCGAGGAGGAGGAGGAGGAGCAGGAGGGGGAGAAGGAGAAGGAGGAGAAGAAGCAGGAGGAGAGCAAGCUGCUGACGCUGCAGAAGAAGUCUCCGGAGAAGAUGCGGAGUGUGUCGGAGGCCUGGUGGAGGAGGAUAGGCUGUCUGGUGGGGGAGCCCGCCUGCGACCCCCAGUGAGCCAGAACACUUCCCUCUCCUGAUGCUUUUAUAUCUCACCGUCGACCUGCUGGAGCCUGGGUGGUCGUGAGGAACGCUUGGUGGGCGUCGCAAGUUCAACCUUCCUGUGUAUCACAGACCUGUUGGAGGUGGGAGGUGGGAGGUAAGCUGUGCCUUCCCUGCCCCCGUCUACCGUCUGAUUUGCUGAAGGGGCCACAGGUGGCACACUACCUCCUUCCUAAUAGGAUACUGAAGGAGACCUGCUGAGGACUUCCUCUGUAGGUCAAACACAGCAGGUGGGCACCUGGCCACCUGCUGAAGGGGCGUACACGCAACACACCUGUCCUCUGCUUGGGGGGGAGAAGGAAGGGGCAUUUCCAGGGGAGCCGGCAGUCCUGCAGCCCCUCUUCUAAAGAUAGGCUCAGGCUGCAGUUCUUACCCCCCUCUCCCAAUGAGACAUUAAAGGACCGUGCUGCUGGGUGUUUGAAUAAUAUAUGUUUUUAUAAUGUAUAUAAUAUUCAUUUUAUACAGUUUUUAGUCCAUACAGUAUUUAUUUGCUCAUGUCAUGUUUAGACGCCUAGACGGACACUCUUGUCAAUUACUGUCGUUUUUUAGGUCAAGAUAAGAUCAAAUGUUCUUUGCGAAUCCCAGAUGGAAAAUUUUGAAAAGAUGUACAUAGAAACAAACAUUCAUCUGUUGUUUUUCAUGUGUACAGGUGAACAAUCCGUUAGGACAUAACUCGUCUCCUCAUCGAACAAUAAAUAAAAUAUAAUUGAUCUAUAAAAGCUCAAUAAAUAGAAGUAUUAACAAUAGAGUACUACAAU